AUGAUGAGAAUAAAGACUCCCAAGCCGGGCAGAAUCAGGCGAGAGCUCGACAAACGUGCUCCAAAACUUGUGGAAACCGGGAAGAAGACACUGGUUCUUCAUGGUACUAAAACAAGCAGUGUUUUGAAUUCAGUGUUGACAGAGAUCUAUCACUUGAAGAAGGACAAUGCUGUCAAAUUUUCAAGGAAAAAUGAUAACAUUAGACCUUUUGAGAGUGGUGGUGAAACAUCUUUGGAGUUCUUUUCCCUUAAGACUGAUUGCAGCCUAUUUGUGUAUGGUUCUCACUCGAAGAAACGUCCAAACAAUCUCGUGCUCGGUCGAACCUAUGAUCACCACAUUUAUGACCUUGUCGAGCUCGGCAUCGAAAAUUUUAAGAGCAUGGAUUCAUUCUCGUAUGACAAGAAAAUAGCUCCUCGGGUUGGGUCAAAACCCUUUUUUGCCUUCAUUGGGGAAGCAUUCGAGAGUUCGGACGAGUUGAAACAUUUGAAGGAAGUUCUGCUGGAUCUUUUCCGUGGCGAGGUUGUGACAAACUUCAACCUUGCUGGUGUUGACCGAGUUUACAUCUGCUUAGCUCUGUCUCCGAAUAGAAUUUUUUUCUCGCAUUGCGCACUUUGUCUCAAGAAGUCAGGAACUUCGGUGCCAAGGAUGGAGUUAGUCGAGGUUGGGCCAUCCAUGGACAUGGUUGUGAGAAGGCAUCGCAAUCCUGAUGACAGCCUGAGAAAAGAAGCAAUGAAAACGGCGCCUCAACUGUCAAAGAAGAAGGAGAAAAAUGUUGUGAAGGAUGCAAUACAGGGCAAGAUUGGGAAGGUUUAUAUCCCGGAGCAGAAGGUGGGGAGUGUGCCAUUUGCUAACAAAUCAAAGGGGGUGAAGAGGGAGCGGCGUGAAGCUAAGACGAGAGCCAUCAAGAGCUUCGUCAACAUUGCCCAUUUCAUCUCGUUAAAGCAGACGAAAGAAAAUAAAAUCAAGAAAAUAACCGAAAAUUCGUCCAAGGAGCUCGAGAAGAAGAGUAUCGAGAAGAAACACUAUCAUUCGUACUCUACGGUGCGGAUUGAGAAUAGAGAUGAAGAAAGUGAACAAAAAGGUCGGUGA